AUGUCUCGAGUAUUUCUCGGGGAUGAGAUUAUCACUUUUCGAGUAGGCGACGAACUGCUACCUAUUAAGGUCCACAAAAACGUUAUUUGCGAAAAGCUGGAGGUUUUCGAUGCCAUGCUGCGCGGAAACUUUAGUGAGGCAAGCUUCAAAGUUAUAGACUUGCCGGAAGAUGAUUUCCACGCCUUUGAGUUGUUGGUAGAGUGGUGUUACACGAAUCGAAUAUCCAUGCCAGGUUCAACAACUUCAUAUGAUGCUGUAGGAAGAAGAGUGGAAUUGUACUGUUUGGCUCACAAGUACUGUGCUUCGGUUCUGCAAGACUUUGUGACGAACUACAUAAUUACAUGGCUCAGAAUGAAUGAGCACCGUACCAAGAUUUUCAACCCAGCAUGGAUUUCACGCAUUGGAGAAACAUUCGCAGCAACCUAUGAUGAAUUAGCGGGGAUAGAUGGACUCCCGGGCCCCCUUCGUUUUCUCAUCGGGUUUGUGAACAAGAUGAUCGUACUCGCGUCAAAAUCAGGCGCCUCAAAAUUGGCAGUGAUGCGUCUUGCUAACUUCUGGUCACAAGAACUGGAACAUUGGGGUUGGCAAUCUGACGCAAAAAUCGCCGAGGAACUGAACCCAUCAUCAACAGCCUGCUGCGAAUAUCACACGCAUUCCCGAAAAAAUAUGCUUGAGUGUCCAUUAUUCAAGGAUUUGAAGGGGUCGGCAAAAUAUUCUCCAGACGCUUUCGUGGUCGUGACGCAUCUCAAGCGCCUAGGCAAAAUGGCUAAAGAGAUUGAGAAAUAUGGUUUCCAUGGUAGUUCAUUGCCACAUAAUGGUCCUAUUAGCGCUAAUCACCUAAUUCUUCACACCAAAUUCGAUACGAAUGGUAACUUAUUCACAAAGGCGCAAGAAGUGGCCGGAUUCAAGGAAUUGACCGAUAUGGGAAUAAUAUCGGAACCAGUAGGAAUACGCCGCAACUUCAUGUUUCUUAAUGGUCAUAGUGUUGAAAAGCUAUGA